AUGGAUCCCCUACCGGAGUACUCCCUGUUCCUAGUCCGGAUCCUGGAGGAACUAGACACUAAACACAGCAGUGUGUCCUACCAGGACCUGUGUAAAUCCCUGUGUGCCCGCUUUGACCUGGUCCACUUGUCCAAGCUACGGAGCCUUCUGUUCUACACAGCCUGCCUGGACCCAGCCUUCCCUGCCACUCUCUUCAAAGACAAGAUGAGAUGUACCGUCGAGGACCAGCAGUCUAAGAAACUCAUGGUGGCAGCGGAUAUCGUCACUAUGUUUAACCUAAUCCAAAUGAACGGGGGGAUCGCCAAAGAUAAGCUACCGAUGGCACCACCCAGGCACAAGUUCCACAAGAACCAGUCGUUUGAGUCGUGUAGGUCCGACACAGAUGUUUAUAAGUACCAGGACUAUGAGAGGGGCGGCGGUUAUGACCUCAUGGAUCAACCCUCCAGGGCGGGUCACCACCCCCACCAUCGCCCCAUGUCUCAAAACAACUCCUCCCACCCCCGUCCACACCCCCAUCCCCACUCUGCCAGCUCGAAAUCCAACUGCACCAACUGCAGCCCGCAGUUCAUCCCGACCUCAGACCCUAACUUCCUAUUGGGCGUCAACAAGGAUCUAAAAUGUCGAGCAGCAUCGCUAGAUAAGCUGCAGCACCUGCCCCAGUACUCGAGCUGCAGUCCUCCCUCGCCGCCCUGCGAGAUGCAGAGCACCUACUUUCCUAUGGACAUUGACAGUGAGUCCACCACGGACCAGGAGUCCCUGCAACACAUCAACCACACUGAGCCCUUCUCUGUCCACUCCUGUGUCCAGAAGAGAAACAUCUUCAAGGAGGAUUUUCACAACCUGCUAGCGUUCUCCCCUCAGGUCUGUGUCUCUGGUCUCUAAUUUUAUAUGAUUUAUUUAUUUUUACUAAGCAUUUUUUUUUUUUUUUUACAUACCAUUCAUUAUGCAAUAAUAAUUCUAAUGACAUAUUUGUUAGGAAGUACCCCAAAUAAGUUUGAGUUUUAAUGUUGUCCCAUUACUACACUGAAACAACAAUACAUGAAAAAACAAACAUUGAAGAUAAAGUCAGACUGAUUUCCAUUGCAGCCUACUCCUCUUUUAACCAUCUGUUAUCACUGUUUUCUGUCGUCUAAUUUUCACUGCUAUAUGUGGUGGCUACUUUCCUACUAAAUGGUGCUAGCUGUAAGUAUUUGUGCCAUUGUUUGCUAAUCUAACCAUCUAAAUGUCAAAGAAAAGCACACAAAACCCAAAGGAGAAAAUAAAAGUGAUAAAACAGUACCCCCCACUUCCUGAAGCUGGUCCAUAGAUCUACAGAUGUAGGAUCUUAAUUUGACCUGUAUUGUUGCAGCAAAAUAAUCCUGCAACAACAGGAUUUUAACGUUUAGUCCAUAAUGUUGCUUGAUCGGUGGUUAGGCUAUUAGCUGGUCAAAAUGCGGCUACAUGAAAAGUGGAAUACUGUUAAUAGAACCGUUAGUGCGGGUUUUCAAUGAAUAUAUGUCGAUCAUGAAGGUCAUCUGCAUUUCCUGUGGCACAGGAAAAUUCUCAGCAACAAAAGAGUGAUCAAAUGAAGAUCCUACAUCUAUAUAGCCUAUGUCACAUAGAAUGGAAAUGUCUCAACGGACAUAGCUCUCUGUGAGAGUAACCAAUCUAUAAAACGUAUUUCUUUCUAGAAAAGCUUGGUCUGAGCCUAAUGUUACAUCCAGCACCUUUAUGCUUAGUUUGACUCUUUCUUUGUUUGAUUUGAUAAUGCAGGGUGUUUUGACUGAUGUUAACACAACAGUGUAUUAACAUGUUAUUGUUGUAAAAGCGAAUUACUCUGUAACAAUUUUUCAUUUUUUCACUUGUGUAAUGACUCAAAACAAUUACCAAAUUUCUAUGAAACUAUUACAUUUUGGUUUUAGUCAUUUAAAAGACGCUCUUAGCAGCGUGACUUAGAGCUAAACAAUACAAUGUUACAAUACUAUUACAGUGUCACUACACAGGUUUAAGAGCAGCUUAAUGAAGUGUUACGCCAUUGUCGUUAUAGGUCAUCACGUCAGAGUGCAAGCCAAACAUCAGGGCAACUGGAGGCUACCACCGGAGGGAGCUCCACAAACCUGCUACGUUCUUCAACCACAGCUUUGAGCUGCCCUACAGUAACCCCUACUUUGAGCCUUCUAUGAACUCGCCCAUUCAGGAGAAACGGCGAGCGAAGCACGAGAGUCUGGACGACCUUCAGGCGUCUACGUAUUUCGGCCCAACAACAGUGACGGAGUGCGUGAACACACGGAGGAGUACGUCUAAGCCGGGGAAGCAGCCAUCUUGGCCUGUGAAAAGCCUGAGUCUGAACGCAGAAGAAGGGCCACCGGAUUUCGAGAGGUCGUUUCUGAACGGGAAACCUCUGAAAGACAACCAUCGCCACAAUGUUGUCAAUAAAGAGAAUGAGCAGCACUUCCAGUGCGCCAAAGAGAAAGUGACAGCCUCCCCUUCAGGGUUCGCAAAGAAAACCAAUGGGUUGAAAACAAAGGAUAUGUCUUCAAUGGCGUGCGGUCCCGGGAUCAGUGUCGACAAAAGAGAGAUUGGGAAAAGAUUUAAAGAGAAAGGCAUCAACAGUACGUCUUUUCAGGGAGGUAACAUAGACAACUCGUCCAGCGUGGGGACCCAAACAGAGCAGGCCGAACAGAGGAAGUUAAAAGACUACGCAGCCGCUCACGCGAAAUACGUCGAGAGAGAGAGGCACUCUUUCAAACACUCGGAAGAGGACUCUGAGAUCAUCAGCGACGACAUCAGUGACAUCUUCCGCUUCCUUGACGACAUGAGCGUGUGCGACUCGCUGGGCGUCAUCCAAUCGUCGUGCUACAACAGCAUCGGAUCUCUUUCUCAGGUGACCAUGAAGUCUGACGGCGACAGCUCGCCCGAACGCAACACGAUCAAACUGGCCAAGUCCAAGCUGGACUGCCUCUUUCACUCCCUGGAGAACACGGAUGAUGAGCUCAAAUCAAGCGUGUGCAAGCUUGUGAUGAGGAUAGGUGAGAUCGAGAAGAAACUGGAGUCUCUGUCCGGAGUCCGAGGGGAGAUCUCGCAAGUGCUCUCCAAGCUCACCAAACUCGAUGAGAAGAUCCAGGAACCUGAAACCAACGGGAGAACGGGUGAAAACGCUUCAGCCACCGCCUCCACCCCAGAUCACCUCCACCCGAACCCCCUCCCCGACCCCAACCUCUCGCCCCAUGUCUUUCAGUGCCACACGACAGGCCACAACAUCAAAGUGGACAACGGGUCAGCAGAGUGGGGCUGCUCAGACAGCGAGAGUCUGAGGAUCAAGGCAGUUAAGAAAAGUAUGUUCUUGCGGAGGUCGUCACGCUCGCUCAAUGAGGAGAACAGUGCCACGGAGUCAAAGGUGGCGAGCAUCACCAACUCACCACGGGACUGGAGGACGGUGUCGUAUUCCUCACACCAUGGGGACGAGGGCAAAGACAAGGACAGGGACAGAGACAGAGAAAGGGACACCAAGGACAGACACAGGAAAGCCAAAGAGGUAAGAACAACGGUUUACAUUUAUAGAACACUUUUCACAUUACACUUACCUUGUCCACCACCAACAUUAGAUACUCUCUUUGUAUUUUUUUUUUAG